CGAAGGUUUCCUUUGGGUUGGUGAUUAGUUACAGUUGGAAAAGAUCAGAGACUCUUGGGUGAUUUAAGUUGGGAAAUGUCGUUCACUUGGUUCUCUGCCCCACACACUGAAAGGGCGUAUUGCCUACAACUCCCAACGGCCAGUGGAGUUACCAAACUUAAGUGAAAGUGGAACGAGGAGGCGUGGAGGAAGAAUGAAAUCAGAAACGAACGAGCGGCUUACUGUAGAAAAUAGAGACGUCCUAUACUACAUGUUUAAUUUGAUUAACUGCGUAGUAAGUCAAUCAAGCUGGUGGUUUACUAACUUUCUUAGCUCGUUAGCAAUUUCACUGGCCUUGGGAGUUUUUCUUUCGUAAGCCAAGAUGCCCUGUUCUGAGUCUCAUGAAAACAUAGCUAGGUAAGGAAUGGUUUUGGGGGAAACGAAAGAAACGUCCCUGGUUGUAGAACCGAAACCGGAGUGUCAGCUGCUGGUUAUAAACUGUUUCAUCGUUGUAUUGCUUAUCCCGAAUGGGGACGUAGCUAGCACUGGUUGCAGACGCGAGUGCCUCUAGCGAUACUUACCAAACGCAGCAGCGACCGAUGGACGUGUGUCCUCCGAACAUGCAGCAAAGUAACGAAGACCGAGGGGUGGAACGUAGUAUGGACGAAUACCUCAAAUCCAUCGGGUUUCACCGAAAGAAAAUAGCCAAAGACGGGUCGUGUCUGUUUCGGGCGGUAGCUGAACAGGUGUUGCACAGUCAAAGCUUGCAUACAAACGUUCGGGCAACCUGUGUGCAGUAUCUUAAAAAGAACAGAGCAAACUACGAGGCGUUCAUUGAGGGAGACUUUGAGGAGUAUUUAAGCAAACUUGAGGAUCCCCAGCACUGGGUAGGUGAGGUGGAGAUCAGUGCUCUGGCUCUCAUGUACAAGUGUGAUUUCAUCAUCUACCAGACCCCUGGUAAACCUCCUGUUCAAAUUACUGACAACGGCUUUGACAACAAGGUGCGUCUGUGCUUCUUGAACGGAAACCACUAUGACAGCGUUUAUCCUGUGUCUCAUGUGCAGAACGCUGCCUUCUGCCAGUCCAUCUUGUACGAGCUUCUCUAUGAGCGCGUGUGCGGCACGGAGCACUCUGUAGUCGCCCCCUGUCUGAAAGGUGUCCCUGGUAAAUGUGGCGUUGACCUUUUGGAGGACGACCCGGCCAACGAUGAGUGUUGCAGCAGCGACGAGUCAGACAUGGAAGGGGAGGAGCCUCUCCAGACCCAUGAUGGAGCAGAGAGGGGCCAUAGACCCCCCUUUAGGGGUCGUGGAGGUAAAAGCCCCUCCUUCUCCAAAAGGGUGAGGCGUUCCCUAAACCCCUCCCUCUACAGAAACACAGAGUAUGAUGUCUGGGUCAAAUCUAAGAGAGCUCAGCAGAAGUUGGACUUCUGUAUCGCGGCUGGUAUGCAGUACAUUGUUGGGGACAAAUGCAAGGUCCGCCUCAGCAACGGUGGGCGUUACUAUGGCGCCUUUAUCCAGGAAGUGUCGGCUGACAGCGGGCCCGUUACAGUCUUCAUAGAGGAACUAGGCAGGAAAGAGUCAGUGGCCCUGUGGAAUCUGCGUGCCCCGGCUGAAGACACCUUGUCCUGGAGCACGGUCACUAGAGAUGGGAAGAGGCUGAACAAUGGGAGCAGCAGCUCUGGGCCUCCCUCUGAGUGGGAAACCAGAGGAGCUGGGCGGAGGCCAGGGAAGUCUCCUCUGCAGUCGGCAACGCUGCCGGUUACCCAGCCAACAGUCGGAGGGCGUGGUGUCCAGAAGCAGCACUCUUGGCCCUCCCAUGCCACUGUAGAGGAGGGCGGGACCAAGAACACACACCCUCCCCACCCCAGGAGGACCUGCAGUACAGUUGAGCAGCCGACACCAGCCUUCGGUCUGUCGGAGGAGCAGCGUCUGGCCAGGGAGGAGGAGCAGAGGAACCUUGCCCUAGUGGAGAUACAGCUACGAGAUGAGACCAGCUUCCCUGCUCUGGGGGUGGUGUCCAAACUGGCUGAGGGAAGGGGGAAAAGGGGCAGAGGGAGGACCAUAAGGAGGUCAACAGGAGAUGAGGAGAGGAAGACCCCAUCACCUCCUGUCCAGGACAAACCUACCACAAGAGCUCCUGGUCCAGCUCUUCCUGUUGCUCCUGGUCCAGCUCUUCCUGUUGCUCCUGGUCCAGCUCUUCCUGUUGCUCCUGGUCCAGCUCUUCCUGUUGCUCCUGGUCCAGCUCUUCCUGUUGCUCCUGGUCCAGCUCUUCCUGUUGCUCCUGGUCCAGCUCUUCCUGUUGCUCCUGGUCCAGCUCUUCCUGUUGCUCCUGGUCCAGCUCUUCCUGUUGCUCCUGGUCCAGCUCCUCCCGUUGCUCCUGGUCCAGCUCCUCCCAUUGCUCAAGCUGUCCUUCAUUCUACCCCAAACCCCACUACUGCCCCAGCCCCACCUACUGCGGUAGAGGUUGCAUCUCCUCCUCCCGUUGCUCCUUCUCCUCCCGUUGCUCCUGUUGUUCUUCCUACUACUGCAGCCCCAGCCCCACCUCCUGCGGUAGAGGUAUCAGCGCCUUUUCCCUCCUCCAUCUCUCCACCUCCUCCCUCUCCUGCAGACUCUAGGUCCUUAGCACCUGCUGCCCUCAUUAACAAUAACUCCGCCCCGGCCCCUCACCUAAACCCCUCGCCGUCUCCGGCCCCCCCUCUCUAUACGUUGGCACCCCUCAUGGCCGCCCCGCCCCCGCAGCCCCAGCCGUCUGGCCCGCCCCCGCAGCCCCAGCCGUCUGGCCCGCCCCCGCAGCCCCAGCCGUCUGGCCCGCCCACGCAGCCCCAACCGACUCUCACUUCCUUUCAUCUAAACUCUCACCCUCAACCCCCACUCCCCCAUCCUCCCCAGGCUUCUCUCCCCCGGGAGCCCGCUACCUAUGAAGUCCCCCCUGCCUCAGCCUACCCCCCAGGUGUCCCGCCCCCUCAGAGCAUCCCCUCGUCUCUACCUGAGCACAUGGCCCACCCCCCCCCCAGCCUCUCACAGCCCCAGACAGUCAACCCGCCCCCCCUGUCCUUCCACCAGUUCACCCAUCUCUACCAGGACCCACUCUUCCCAGGAUUCCCCUUGUCUGACAAGGAGGAGAUUGUCCAGACUCCUGGCUACUCCUACAUGCGCAGCGGAGAGGAUCUGCCCCGUGAUGUGAACGUCUUGAGGUUUUUCUUCAACCUUGGUGUUAAGGCAUAUACCAACCCCUUGUGGCCCCCCCACUCCUACAUCCUCCCCCUCCACCAGGCCUUCAGCAUGCAGCCUAAACUCCCCUCCCCCUACCCCCCAGCCUGGUACCCCCCUCCCCGCCCCGCUGACACCCACCCCCCGACCUCCUCCCUCCUCGGUGCCCCCCCCCACCCCCCAGAUGUCCCCCGGGAGGUGUCCUGGAUGCACGGUGAGGGAUAUCCCCGGUACCCGUCCCCAGGCUUGGGAGGUGCACCCUUCUAUGAUCCCCUCCAGGGCGGCCCCCCGCCUCCCCACUCUGCUCCCCAGCCCACUGGUUACCCGCCCAGCCUCCCCUCCAACCCUGCUCCGGCUCAGCCCGUUCACCUUCACCCCCAGCCCCACUUGGGAGGCCCCCUUCUCUGGCCUUCAAAUGUUACCCCCAGAUCAAACAGCUACACCGGGGGGUACCAGGCACCCUCGCCUCUGACACAGUACCCCCCACAACCUGCGCACCCCUCGCCUUCCAGCAGGUACCCUGCUGCGCCCCAAACAUCCGCCAACGCCGCGCAGCCUCACCCCAAGCCCUACCCACCGACUCCGGCUGCCCCCCCCCUCUAUCCGCCCUCCGUGUCCCUGUGCCCUUCUGCCUCUCCAGGGUUCCCUGCUCCCAGGCUGCCCAGCGGGAACCAGAACCCGACUCUGGAUCCUCAGCCCGCCAGUGGGAUGUUCUUCCUGGGCGUGACGUCCAGCCACAGCGCUCACGCUCCAGCUGCCAGUGCCGCCGGGUCUGGCACCAGUACGGCCCACCGGGAGAGAGGCAGCGGUCAGACUACUCCUGCCACCACCACCGCCACCAGUGGACCAGGGGAUGUGUUGAGGUCUACCACUACUGAGCAGGUCACAAGUGUCCCCGAGGGUCACCGGAGGUCAGCGUCCGCAGGAAGCGGCGUGGUCACGUUCCAGGAUGUGUCUGUUGGCAUGGGCACACCGGGCGUGGGCAAGACCGCUGAGACCCAGCCGGCGGAGUUCAGCCCGAAAGCGACCAAUCAGAUGAAAAGGGAGGGCUGGGGUGAGCUCAAAGUCACUGUCCCACGGGUGGGGACUCCACCCCUGCCCACCAGCAGUGGAACCCUGUUGGAUGGACACUGGCCAGUGGGAGAGGAACCCAACACUAAUGACCCCGCCCUCAGAAAUGGGAAGUUGAACUACAGCCGCUCCCAAGGAGGAAGAGGAUGGGUGAGAGGAUAUGAGGAGGGAGGAGGGAGGGGCUACAAAGACAACCGCUGGAGGGGGGAGGGGCAUGGGACAGGAUACCGGAGGGGUGUGGGUAGAGGGGGGGCUGAUUACCGGAGGCAGGGACAGAAUAGUAGGGCACGGGGGAGGGGCUAUUACAGUCUACCACACUCCACCAAUGGGAGAGAGGCAAGCUACUCAGGCUGGCUGAAGAACGCCCCAUGCGCAGAUUCUUGAGGCUUGAUUGGCUGACUUGGCUAUUUUGAGUCGUAUAUUCUGUAUAUUUUGUUUUCUUCAAGGUUUUCUGUUCGUGGUUUUAUGCAAUUCUGUAUCUGAACUGAAACAGAUGUUUUUAAUGGUCUUGUUAUGCGGGAACUGUCUUGGAUGGUUGGACACUUUAUUUUUUUCGCUUUGAAAUAUAUUAAAAUAAAAGUUACCUGGCUCUUUU